AGCAGGAUCCAGCUUGAUUUCCAUUUCCCUUCAGAUUUGAGAGAUGACCUGCCAUCCUUAGUUGGAUGAUGAGUGUAAUCUCUGGCUACUGAUUUUGCUUUAAAUGGUCAAUUAAUUUGGAUGACUGAAUGUGAAGUUGCAACCCACAUUUAAUCUUUGGUUCAGGCCUUCAAGUUGUAAUACUCCUACAUUCAAUAUUAUCCUGACAUUGGGGUGAAAUGCAUUAAAGAGGUGCUACAUUAUCCAGGGUCAUGAGAUAACAAGGUAAUUACAGAUGAGGAUGCUAAUUCUACGCAUUUUGUCACACCCAUCCAAUAACAAUGCUGUCCUCCUGCUGUUGGACCUAGUUUUCUCUUCAAUGAUUCCACAAUUGUUGUCAUAAUCACUCCAUCUCAAUUUCACUCAUGUGAACAUCUGGCUGAGAUUGAUAGCUCCAUGCAAUGAUCUAGUGGGGUGGUUAUCUUCAAGGGUGACUGAUUGCCCACCUGCUUCACUGAGAAAGUUCAAUCGAUCACGCUGACCCUCCGGCUUCUCAGCAAAUCACUACCCUCGAUACUGAAGUACCAUCGAGCCAGCAGAUGCUGGCCAAUCAAAUACCAGCUACUUGUGCAUGCUUGAAAUCAUCACUGGACACCCAGGUUUUAGGAUCUUAAAUGACAAGAAGAAACCUACGUCAGUAAGUCCACAAACGAUUGAGGAAAUGGCUUAUGCUCCUCUGCCGCAGGGUUGGCAGUGUUACAUGUCCCCACAAGGUCGGAAGUACUAUGUCAAUGCCUACACAAAUGAAACAACCUGGGAAAGGCCAACAAGUGCUCCAGGAACACCAAAGAGUCCAAUUUCACAGAUGAAUUCAUUGCCUACAGUGAAUGGCUUUCACUCAUCAGGGAGCCUGUCACAUCAUUCGGAGACCUCGCACAUGGCCUUGAGGAAGACUAGCAGUGAUCCACAGAGUCCAGGCGUUGGGUCACCCACCCGAAGACAGAAUAAAGAAAGCACCAUCACGAUAAAUUGUGUUACGUUUCCACAUCCAGACACUAUGCCUGAACAGCAGCUGCUUAAACCAGAUGACUGGAGCUACUGUGACUACUUCUGGGCAGACAAAAAGGACCCCCAGAGCAACAGCACAAUUGCUGGAUUUGAUAUUAUCCUUGUGAAACAGCUCAAGGGCAAACAAAUGCAGAAAGAAAUGGCCGAAUUUAUUCGGGAAAGGAUUAAAAUAGAAGAGGACUAUGCCAAAAACCUAGCAAAGCUCUCCCAGAGUCCACUGGCGGGCCUAGAGGAAGGCACUUUGGGAGAGUCUUGGACACAGGUGAAGAAAAGUUUGGCAGAUGAGGCUGAGGUUCAUCUGAAAUUUUCAUCAAAGCUGCAAAGUGAAGUGGAGAAACCCUUGUUGUCAUUUCGAGAGAACUUCAAGAAGGAUAUGAAGAAGUUUGACCAUCAUAUAUCCGACCUGCGCAAACAACUAAGUACUCGCUAUGCGACAGUGGAGAAGGCUCGAAAAGCUUUGGCAGAGAGGCAAAAGGAUCUGGAAUUCAAAACUCAACAACUGGAGAAUAAAUCUACUUACAAAACAGAAGAAGAUAUCAAGAAAGCCAGGCGGAAAUCAACGCAAGCAGGUGAUGACCUGACACGCUGUGUAGAUCUCUACAAUCAAACCCAAUCCAAAUGGUUCGAGGAGAUGGUCACAACAACUCUGGAGCUCGAGAGGCUGGAGGUUGAAAGGAUCGAAAUGAUUCGGCAGCACCUCUGUCAGUACACACAGCUUCGCCAUGAGACCGACAUGUUCAACCAAAGUACCAUUGAACCAGUGGACAAGCUACUUCGGAAGGUUGACCCCAACCGUGAUAGAGAAUCAUGGGUAAAAGAGCACAAGACAGGCCAUAUCCGGCCUGUGGACAUGGAAUUAUAGAGAGCAAGCCCAUAGGAGGGCUAUAGUUAUAUUUUCCCCCCCUCACAGGCAUUGACUGAGCAGUUAGAUUUUGCUGGUCUUCAAAUGAAUGGAUUGAGUCGAGGAUACGACGUGCAAUGGAAGUUACAAGUACAAGCUCAUAACCCAGUGCCUUUUGUGUUCAUGGAACAAAAAAAAGUUUAAAUAUUUAGCCAUCCGUGUCAACUUUAAUAAGCAGUUUGUUUUUUUUUCUGUGCUAAUAGGAGUUUUCUUGUUAUCAAACUGCCUAUUCACCAGCAAUGGUGGAAAAGCUUUCUCUUGCAUGCUAAGCAUGUAUAUAUACACAAGAGUUCUUUGCUGUCGGUGAUUCCACCUUCCCCUCUUUCUCCACCCCACCCCACCCCCACUACUCCUUCCUUACAUUCCAACAAAUAGUGCAAUGUGGUUGUCCUUUGAUCAAAGUGGGAGCUUUCACGUGAAAACCAGUUUAGCUUUGGUUAGAGUUCCAAUCUUCUAUUUUUCCCAAAUUUCACCUCCCCAUACAAGUUAGCCAGAUAACAUUCUUAGUAGCUGAUCACAAUUGAGCGGGAUCACAGACUAACCUGGGUACAAAGGACGCAGGGAGGUUUGCAAUAACUAAAAUUGAUAUUCAGUAGAUUUUAAUGAAAGGCUACAAAGUUUGGUGUGCAAUGCAUCAUGAACUAUCUAUUGGUCCUUAAAAUUGUGAAAAUGAGAACAAAUCAGAAAUGUUCCAAGAGAUUGGAAUUCUAUGCCUGAGGUCUUAACUGUUUUGAGUGAGUUAAAGUCAGGCCCUCCAGUUCCAGAUCUCUCUCAUGUUGAAGUCAAUUUCUACAGGGAAUCUAGCUGAGGGAAAUGCUCCAAAUUGAAUUUACAAUGGCAGGACUUUGACAGGUCAACUAUUGAAGGUUCAAAUUAAUCUUCUGCAGAAAGAUCACUUUCAUUCUCUUUUGUCUUGGUUGGAGUUUGUUACCAUGGUGAUUGGUCCUUUUUAGAUAGUUUAUCACACUCUUCAAUUCACUUCACCUUACACAUGAGAAAUGUGUACAACCUACUGCUAGGAGGUAACUCCAUGGGGUCUCAUUUAUCCUCUAUUCACUUCUUUUCUACAACCUUCCAGUCAGACUUGAUCGGUUCCUUGGGUGACCAAAUCUCAAAUUAGUAAUAUGCACUAAUCAAUGUUCUGAGGCAAGUUUUGCUGUAAUCUUUUUGUUUAGUAUAGUUUUAAUUUUGUCUGUCUGUUAUCUGGUGGCUCACUCACCCUUUGCCUGAACCUUCUGAGAAGGGAUAUGUUGACAGAAGAGUUUCAGCCACAGAAAUGUUCAUUUAUCCUUUUUAGAAAUGUGGAUCACACCAACAUAGGUGUACAAUGGCUUCCAAAGGAUAGAGCAGAUUUCUAGAUGAAAAUGUUAUGUUGCGAUGCUUCCAAACUUGUUAAUGCCAACCAGUUAAAUUUGCAGGCUUGUAGACAGUUGAGUUGCCCAGUGAGAAUAUGAUUUUGUGCCCAUAAUUGUUUGUUAGCUUAUGAGGACCCAGCACUACUGCUAUUCUAAGCUUUUCUUUAAAUAAUGCAAACACAGUUUAAAAAUAAAACACCUAAUUAACAGUUUACAGGAAAAUUACUUAGGCACAUUUUGUCAAUCAAUGUAUAUUGGGGGGUGGUAUUAACAUUUACAACUUUAAGCAAAAUUGCUACUUGCAUAGCUUACCCACUGGGUUUCAUAAAUCAGUGGCAUUUUUACAAUGGCACAGAUUCUCUACUUAAUUGAAAUUCUAUGAUGUACUGUAUAACAGGGGUUUCAUAGUUUUCCAUAAACCAGCAAUCACUGAAGAUGAGGUUUAUGAUCCAAGAUGUUUUCAUGUGAAAGUACCCCAAAAUGAAUUUGACCAAGCUGUAUUUACAGCAAUAUAAUGGUUCCUAUUUAACACUGUAUGUUGCUUUGAAUAUUGUGCAAGUUGUGAUACAUGUUCUAUCUAGUUAAAUUGAUAUUAAAACAUUCACAUUAUAAAAGCAACUUUUUUUCAUUGAAAGGCUAUCGCUGCUAAAACCUGAACAUUUUCCAUAUAAUAAAUGACAUCUUGUUGAAA